AUGUCGUCGUCCCUGCGGUUCCUGUGGCCCACCAAGAACGGCGGCGGCGGCAGCGGAGACGACGGCGGCGGCGGCGGGUACUUCGACGGCGUCGCGCUGGAGGUGACGGUCCUGUCGGCGGACUCGCUGCGCCUGCCGCCGUCCUACUCGCCGCUGCCGCGCCGGCUGCGGCCGUACGUGACCGUGUCGUCGUCGGACGCACCGGGCUCGGCCUGCAGCACGUCGGUGUCGGGCGGCGCACCCAGCGGCGGCGAGCACGCGUGGGGCGACACGCUCGUCGUCCCCGUGGGCGCGGGCUUCCUGGAGGGCCGCGCCAACGUCCACGUCGCCGUGCUGUCCGAGCCCGCCUGCCGGCUCGUCGGCGCCACGCCGCUGGGCUGGUGCGGCAUCCCCGCGGCCGACGUGCUCGACGGCCUCCGCCCGCCGCGCGCGCUCCGCCGGCUCAGCUACUCGCUGCGCUGCCCGCGCCGCGGCGGGGGCGCACCACCGGGCUCGCCCGCGUGGGGCCACGGCGUCGUGCACCUCGCCGUGCGCGUGCUCGGCCUCCGCGACGACGCGCCUGCGACAGCGCCGACGGCUGCUGCGCCGGCGCCGGUGCAGCAGGGCUGGUGCCGCGUGGCGAUGGGCAUCCCGGUGUCCGGCGCAUCGUCCGCGGCCGCGUCCGCCUUCGUCGGGAUGCCCUUGUCGUCGUGGGGCGCCACGUCACGGUGA